GCCGGAAGUGAAAAUUAUUGGACCAAAUUCGAAGAACCUGAAUGACCAAUGGCAUCCGGAAGAGGAAAGGCGCUUGAUCCGUGCUGCGUUUUACGGGGUCACAAAACGGAUACCCGGGCUGUGGAAUUCCAUCCUGGCGGCAACCUUCUGCUCUCUGGCGAUGCGGAUGGAGAGCUGAAGGCGUGGGACCUCACACAAAGAAGACUGGUCUUCUCCAAGCGAGUUUACGGUGGCGCUGGAGGUGUCGUCGCCAUCAAGUCGCUGUGUUCGAACCUGGGUCAGCAGAUGCUUCUGACCCAGAGUCGGGACAGGGUCGUGAAACAGUGGCAUUUGUCGGAAUCAGGGUUGUCACAGGACCCGGUUGCUGCGCUCAGCAUUGGAUUGUAUAGUUACUGCAAAUUCUCUGUGGUUAGACACUGGGGUGAUAGAUCUGUGUGUGAGAGCAGCAGAAGAAUAGGGGAAGAAGAUGAGGGUUGCCAAGCAGAGGGGGAAGGUGAGAGGGGGCGGAACCCCGGGGAGUCAAGGGCCACUGUUGACGAUCGCCAUGACCAAGUUGACUUUGGAAAGGAGAAUAACCAGCCACUCCUGCCACCAAGCGAGGGAGGAAACAAGGGAGAGGAAGGCGGCGAAGCAAAGGAACAGACGGCGGAGCACUUGGUGGUGAAUCUUCAAGUAAAUGAUUCGAAUACCGAUGGAGCGAAUGUGUCUGUUCUCUGCAGACAAGCAAAGGAGCAGCCACCGCUGCGACAGCAACAGCAACAGCAACAACAACAGCAACAACAACAGCAACAGCAACAGCAACGAGAGGAGGGUCAUACAGAGAUGCCUGCCGUCUUCACAGCUGCCGGGAAUAAGGAGAGAGGUGAGAUGGAAGGUGGUGAAGCAAAUGAACAGGAGGUCGAGCAUUUGGUGGCGAAUAUUCAAGUAAAUGAUUCGCAUACUGAAGGAGCGAAUGUGUCUGAUCUCUGCAGACAAGCAAAGGAGCUUCCUCCCCCGUUGCGACAGCAACAACUACAGCAAAAGCGCCAGCACCAGCACCAGCACCAGCAGCAGCAGCAGCACCAGCAGCAGCACCAGCACCAGCACCAGCACCAGCACCAGCACCAGCACCAGGAACAACAACAACAACAGCAACAGCAACAGCAACAGCAACAUCAACAUCAAGAGCAACAGCAACUAGAGGAGGGCCAUACAGAGAUCCCUGCCGUCUUCACAGCUGCCGAGAAUAAGGAGAGAGGUGAGACGGAGUCACAGCAUCCUAUACUUAGAAAGGAACAGGGAAACCUGGAGGCGAUGACGGAUGUUGCUAGGAGCAAGGAGACGCGGAGCACGGUGGUCGGCGGAUUGAGUCGGGUCAUAACUGAAGAUGUCGAUCGAGGAGUCCAAGGUGGUGAGGGUGCAGUAUCUUCUGCGGUGUGCAAGGAAGAGGAAGACGUCAGCGGCCUUGUCGCAGCGCAGGAUCAGUCCCUGAUUGCCAUUGCUGGAUUCAAUCCUUCAACCGUGGAGGUGUGGAGUCUUCCGUCGACAAAAUAUGUGCUUCGGUUGUCGCAUCGGUUGAACAGCGCCAAAGGUAACCCAUUUCCUGCAUGUUGUGGGAGAGCAAGCACAUGCAUGGCGGUGGAAGCUUUCCGGCAGCCACACACGGGUGUUCUAACGGUUGUGGCGGGGUUUGAGGAUGGGGCGAUCAGAGUGUGGGAUGCGCGUCAGGACGCAGAGCCUCUUAUUUGUCAGAAUCUGCACACUGAGCCCAUUUUGAGCAUCGCGUUAGACAGUUUGUAUUCCGGUGGAGUUUCCGGAGCUGCAGACAAUCGUACGAUUUUCUUCCGUCUCGACUGCGUCGCAGGGGUGUGCAAUGUGGCCAAGAUGGUGGAGACUACGAGGCCUGGGACGGCCGACGUGGCUAUCAGGCCAGACGACAGAAUCGCGGCAACAGGAGGCUGGGACCACAGAGUGAGGAUCUACGAUUACAAGCGUAGAAGACCACUGCCGAUCCUAAAAUACCAUUCUUCAACAGUCUCUGCAGUGGCUUUUAGUCCUUAUCAAAUAGGGCUUCUGGCAUCAGCAUCAGACGAUGCGACUGUUGCACUCUGGGAUGUAUAUCCCAGGCAGGGUUCAUAAAUUGUAUGCAGUUUACGUCGU